AUGGCAUCAUUUAGAUUAUCACCAACUUCCUUAGACUCAUUUUACUCAAACAAGUCAAAUUUCUCUAUAAAUCCACUUCAUUUCCCUGGUAAUUCUACGCUUUUUUCCGUUUCUAGUUGUAUUCAUUUGAUCACUUCUUUGAGUAGAUUUAGUGCUGUUAAAGUGUCUAGAAUCCAAACUGAAUUGUCUGAAGAGGACCCUUUUUUAUCAACUGUAGAUGGUUUGGUUGAUGAGAAUGAGCAAAAGGACCUAGAUUUUAAACAUGAGAGGAAAAUUAAGUAUAUGGGUGGUAAGAAAGGGACUAAAAGGGAAGUGUGUUUUAAGUUUAGUUAUAAAAGGAAUGGUGGGAGACUGGAAAGGGAGGACCUUUUUGUGUAUGAUGGUGAAUUGGAUGUUAAUUACUCUGUUGUUGGGUCUAGUACGAGCUUAGAGCAAUGUAAUGAGGUUUUGAAAGGGCUCGAGAAGCGUAGCAGUGAUGGUAAAACUUUGAGGUUUUUUGAGUGGAUGAGGAGUAAUGGGAAGCUUGAAAAGAAUGUUAGUGCUUACAAUGUUGUUUUUCGAGUGUUGGGUAGGAGGGAAGAUUGGGAUACUGCUGAGAGGAUGAUUAGGGAAAUGAGUGAGGGUUUUGGUUCCGAGCUGGAUUGUCGAGUUUUUAACACGCUUAUUUACUCGUGUUCUAAACGGGGGAAUGUGGAGUUGAGUGGGAAAUGGUUUAGGAUGAUGUUGGAACUUGGAGUUCAGCCAAAUGUUGCUACUUUUGGUAUGGUCAUGGGGCUUUACCAAAAGGGUUGGAAUGUCGAUGAGGCAGAAUUUGCUUUUGCCCAAAUGAGGAUUUUUGGAGUAAUAUGUCAGUCUGCAUACUCGGCAAUGAUCACUAUUUAUACCCGCUUAAGUUUGUAUGAUAAAGCAGAAGAGGUUAUUGGUUUGAUGAGAGACGAUAAGGUGGUGUUAAAUUUGGAAAAUUGGUUGGUUUUGCUUAAUGCUUAUAGUCAGCAAGGGAAGUUAGAGAAGGCCGAGCAGGUGUUGGUUUCAAUGCAAGAAGCCAAGUUUUGCCCUAAUAUUGUUGCAUACAAUAUAUUGAUUACUGGUCAUGGAAAGGCAUCCAAAAUGGUUGCUGCUCAAAGGCUGUUCUUAGGCUUAAAAAAUGCUGGAUUAGAGCCUGAUGAAACAACCUACCGUUCCAUGAUUGAAGGUUGGGGGCGAGUUGGCAAUUAUAAGGAGGCAGAUUGGUACUAUAAGGAGCUCAAGCGGUUGGGAUUCAAGCCUAGCUCAUCCAACUUGUACACGCUGAUAAAUUUGCAAGCUGAGCAUGGGGAUGAAGAGGGUGCUUGCAGAACUCUUGAUGAUAUGCUGAAAAUGGGGUGCCAGUAUUCGUCAAUCCUUGGAUCUCUUUUGAAAGCAUAUGAGAAGGUCGGAAGGAUUGAUAAAAUCCCUCUUCUUUUGAAAGAUUCGUUCUAUCAUCAUGUUACGGUUAACCAGAAUUCAUGCUCCAUUCUUGUCAUUGCUUAUGUAAAAAACCUGUUGGUUGAUGAGGCUAUAAAAGUGUUAGAGGACAAAAAGUGGAAUGAUCCGGUUUUUGAGGAUAACCUGUAUCAUUUGUUAAUUUGCUCGUCCAAGGAGUUGGGCCAUCUUGAGAGUGCUGUUAAGAUAUACACUUUGAUGCCCAAAUCUGAUGAUAGGCCAAAUUUGCACAUCUCUUGCACCAUGAUUGACAUUUACACUAUUAUGGGUCAAUUUAAUGAGGGGGAAAAACUUUAUCUGAAGUUAAAAUCUUCUGGAAUUGCUUUAGAUGUGAUCGCUUUCAGCAUUGUUGUAAGAAUGUAUGUCAAAGCUGGAUCUUUGAGAGAUGCUUGCUCUGUUCUAGAAACAAUUGAGAAGGAAAAGGACAUAGUUCCGGACAUUUAUCUGUUCCGGGACAUGCUUCGCAUUUACCAACAGUGUGGAAUGCUGGAUAAGUUAAAUGAUCUGUAUUGGAGAAUUAUGAAGAGCAGAAUUGUUUGGGAUCAGGAGUUGUAUAAUUGCCUCAUAAACUGCUGUGCUCGUGCUCUGCCAGUUGAUGAACUUUCCAGACUUUUCAAUGAGAUGCUUCAACGUGGUUUUGAUCCUAAUACUAUUACCUUCAACGUCAUGCUUGAUGUUUAUGCCAAGGCCAAGCUUUUCAAUAAAGCUAGGGAAUUGUUCAUGAUGGCUAGAAAACGAGGAUUCGUUGAUGUAAUCUCUUACAACACCAUUAUAGCUGCUUAUGGACACAAUAGAGACUUCAAUAAUAUGGCAUCAACCUUACACUGUAUGCAAUUUGAUGGCUUUUCGGUUUCGUUGGAAGCCUACAACUGUGCGUUGGAUGCCUAUGGGAAAGAAGGUCAGAUGGAGAGUUUUAGAAGUGUCUUGCUGAGAAUGAAGGAAUCAAGUUGUACUGCUGACCAUUAUACGUACAACAUUAUGAUGAAUAUCUAUGGAGAGCAAGGAUGGAUCGAUGAAGUUGCAGCUGUGCUGACAGAACUGAGAGAAUGCGGAUUGGGACCUGAUUUGUGUAGCUAUAACACACUGAUAAAGGCAUAUGGAAUUGCUGGAAUGGUUGAAGAUGCUGUGGGUUUGGUCAGGGAAAUGAGGCAAAAUGGGUUAGAACCUGAUAAGAAAACCUACACCAAUCUGAUCACUGCAUUGCAGAAGAAUGAUAAAUACUUGGAGGCUGUUAAAUGGUCCUUGUGGAUGAAGCAGACGGGACUAUGA